CCUAUAGGGCAUUAGAUAGGGUUGUUGCCGAUUUUAGGUUAGUUAGAUUUAACCCCAAUCAGCUCACCCAUCAUCACCCUAACAAUCCAGACCGUAAUGUCACCCUGCUUCAGUGUGUGGACCACUUAGUGUUGCGUCAUGACAACAGCUAACCUAAGGGCACCAUUGUUGUAGAUAACACCUUAAAUUUUAGGUCCGCCAUCUUUGAGGUGUAUGGGACCAAUCGUAGGAGCUGGCCUUCCCUACUCCAGGGCACCUUUGCCCCGGGAUUUAGGCAGUAUGUAGACAAGUCUAGCCUCAAGGUAGAACCUGAGGCCGAACCUCCUUGGGUUCAAGAAAUAUUAGACUUAGAUUCUCCUUCUCCUCCAGUAGUCCCCAGGCGGGAGGUCGUGAUAAUAGACUCCUCCCCCAGCCCGGAGGGCGAUGAGAUGGAACAACCCGAGCUCCUGACCUCCGUACGACUUUCCAGGGCGGGAAAUCCGGCUCGGACCCUGUCGUGAAGAGGCCCCGAUUCACAAAGAAGGCUUCCCUGGCAGGGGGAAAUGUCUCAAAAUCCCUUGCUAAGGGGAAAAUCAUGAGCUCGACAGCUCCGGUGUCUUCCAUUACCCAGAAGAGGAUUCCUCCUCCUCCGCCUCCACCUCGGUUUGUGCCUUCUCGGGAUCAGGUAAUACAAGUUGAUCCCCCAGCUCCUCCUGCCUCAGCUGCUACUGGUCACAUACCAGUUGAUCCUCAGGAUCUGGAAAUCCCCGAAGCCUUUUGGGGAAUCCUCUACGAGACGGCGAGCCACAUGGUGGGGCAUGCUUACAGAGCCUGCUCGAGGGACUUGAGGGCGAUCGAGGAGAGGAGCCCGAAGAACGUCAUGGAGUCGGCCUUAGGGAUGACCUUCACAUUUGCCUUGGCUCAACACCGCAGCAUAACCCGGGCUAGGGCCAGAAACGAUGAGCUCCAGGCUGAGAUCAAUGCCGCCAAGACCGCCCUGACUGCUGCUCAAGAAGGCGAGCAGGCCACCAAAGCUGCCUUUCCGGCUGCUCAAAAGAGCGAGUAUGAUGCCAAGUUCGCCCUUGCCCCAUCUCAGGAAAGUGAGCAGGCUGCAAAAAUUGCCUUGGCUUCUCUUCAGGCCCAAAAUGCUCAGCUCCAAGCCAAGGCUGAUGAAGCCAAGGCAAAGCUACUCGAGGCCGAGGCUGCAGUCAAAGAAGAAAAGGCGGCCUCACUGUCCUCCAUGGAAGAUAUGUUGUACCAUAACUGGGCUUUUAACCAGGAUGACAACUUUUCCUUCAUGGCUCCCGUGCUGUGGGAACCGUACCUUGAGAAAUUCAAGGCCUAGAUCCUGUUAGAUACACCAAAAACGCGGGAUGCUUCUACAGCAGGUGAGCAUGAAGUCAAGGAGGUCACGUCCUCAGAGCAUCCUGGAGGGGCUCCAUGACAGUCUUUUUUGUUUUUUAUAUUUUUUUUGUAAACAAUUGCCCUUAGGCUUAGUUCGAGGUUUUUCUCCUUGGGAAAAAUUUAAUUUUAAUUUAUAUAUCUAGCUUUUAAUCUAUUUGUUUUUC